AUGUCCGACUCCCCUCAAUCUCCUCCAAAGGAUGUCGACCAAGGUGCACAGUCACCCGACGAGGAAGGACAAAUGAAUGAUAACCAGGAACCCCACUCGGCCGGAGGGACUGGCUAUGAGUUUGAAGGUGUCAAGGAGCAAGACCGGUGGUUGCCUAUAGCCAAUGUCGCUCGAAUCAUGAAGAAUGCACUACCUGACAACGCCAAGAUAGCAAAGGAGGCUAAAGAGUGCAUGCAGGAGUGUGUGAGCGAGUUCAUCUCCUUCAUAACUAGCGAAGCCUCGGAGAAAUGCCAGCAAGAAAAACGCAAGACAGUCAACGGAGAAGACAUUUUGUUUGCCAUGACUUCGCUGGGCUUCGAGAACUAUGCAGAGGCUCUCAAGGUCUAUCUCUCAAAGUACCGUGAGCAACAAAAUCAAUCGAACCGUGAUCGCGUCCUAGAGAACAACAACUGGGGCGGCCAAAUGAUCCCGGGUGCUGAAAAGACUGAGCCAGGCACAACGAGCGCCGAUUACGCACCCCCUGAAGGAACGAACCCUGCUGAAGGCGGCACCGAUCCGAACUACAUGUAUACUUCUCAUGCCGGUCACAACGGAACGGGUGCUGGAGAGGGUUAUUAA